AUGGGGCUUGGAUUUGCUGCUGGAUUUUGGGGAGUUUGCGGGACCUUGAUAUUUUCAAGGUCAUGGAGAUAUGCAUACUUGAAGUUCUUGAAUAGUUUAAAUGAUUGGCUUUUUCUCAGUGAGCUAGGAGGAGGAUGUGCGAUAAGGUUUGGUCUUCCAGCCCCCCAUCCUCUCUGGUCUUUGUGUUACAAGCUGAAGGCCUUCCUUGCCCCUCGAGGUGCUAGUGCGUCUGUGCUGGAGGCGGAUGAGCUCCCCUUAUGGAGGCGUCAUAGUUACUGUUUCUGUAUAUCGUGUGGAGUUUUAUGCAUCUCUUUGUGGGCAGCAUAUGACAAAAUUUGCAUACUAUUCAAGCUCGGCCAUGGAAGGUCCUUGAAACUCUUUCUUGCAUUUGCGCUGCUUUUGCUACAGUAUGCCCAAGGAGGAGAGGUGGACCACAAUCAGAGGGAUACUAAUGUGACCGGGAGGUGCAUAGAGAAGGAAAGGCAAGCACUCCUUGCAUUCAAGCGUGGCCUGGUGGAUGAUUACAAUCUCCUCUCUUCAUGGAGUUCCGAAGCCCAGAAACAAGAUUGUUGCAGAUGGAUAGGAGUCUAUUGCAGCAACCAAACAGGUCAUGUUAUUGGACUAGAUCUUUCAUACGAAGUUAUCGGCGGAGAUUAUUAUUUGCAAGGUAAGAUGAUUAGUCCUAAACUGAUUGAGUUGCAGCAUUUACAACAUUUGUACCUCAAUGAGAUUAAUUUCACAGGGAGUCAAUUUCCAGAUUUCAUUGGUUCUCUAACCAAUUUAAGAUACCUUGAUCUGUCUUGGGCUUAUUUUGGAGGCAAGUUUCCAAGUCAGGUCGGAAAUCUUACGAACUUGGUGUAUCUGGACUUAAGCUGUAAUCGCUUUACAAAUGUAGAAAAUCUCAGCUGGCUUCCUCUUCUUUCGUCGUUAAGAUAUUUGGACUUGAGUUACGCGAAUCUCAGCAAUGUUUUCGAUUGGCCGGAAGCUGUUAAUAAGCUUCCUGAACUAACAAACUUGACACUACAGGAAUGUGAUCUUCCUUCUCCAAUUCUUUCCACUCUUUCUUACAUAAACUCUUCUAAAUCUCUUGCUAGCGUUGACCUUUCUUUCAACCAUUUGAGUACUUCUUCAAUAUUUCUAUGGUUGUCCAACUAUAAUACCAGCCUUGUUCAUCUUGACCUCUCUUUUAACCAACUAGCUGGUUCAAUUCCUGAUGUUUUUGGAAACAUGAGCUCUCUGGCACAUCUUGAUCUAUAUUCUAACCAACUUGAAGGAGGGGACCCGCAUUCUUUUGCCAGGUUAUGUAGUUUGCAAUAUUUGGAUCUCUCAAGCAAUAAUCUGAGUGGACAACUUUCUAAGUUCGUUCAAAUAUUAUUUUCUACAUGUGCUCAAAACUCAUUGGAGGAGUUGUAUCUCUCUGAGAAUGAUCUUGCAGGGUCAUUACCUGAAAGUAUAGGGCUAAUGUCUAAGCUUCAAACUAUUGAUUUUAGCAUGAAUUCUUUGGAAGGAGUGAUUUCAAAAACUCAUUUCUCAAAACUCUCCAAA